GAGAACAUCUCCAGGCUAGCUAGCCAGGCACAGAGCAGAUCCGUCCUCCUUAGCCGCCAUGGAGAGCGUCGAGCACCAGCAGCAGGCCGCCACCCGCUCCCGCUCCCCGUCCCUUCCGGCGGCGCCGCCCUCCCCGCCGCUGUCGCCCAACUCGGCGGCGGCGGCGGCGCUGGCGAACGCGCGGUGGACGCCGACCAAGGAGCAGGUGGGCGUGCUGGAGGGGCUGUACCGGCAGGGGCUGCGCACCCCCACCGCGGAGCAGAUCCAGCAGGUGACGGCGCGGCUGCAGAAGCACGGCCCCAUCGAGGGCAAGAACGUCUUCUACUGGUUCCAGAACCACAAGGCCCGCCAGCGCCAGCGCCAGAAGCAGCAGGCCUUCGACUACUUCUCCAAGCAGUUCCGCCGCCCCCAGCCGCUGCCCGUGCUCCACAGGCCCGCCGCCCACCCCUCCUUGCCCCCGAUCCCGCUGCACGCGCCGCCGCCGCCACCGUCGCACGUGUCGUCGGCGACGACGCCGGAUCCUCCCGCUCCUCCUGCAUGCAACAGACAAGCGAUGUACGGGCAGCAGCCUAGCUACGUGACAGCGGCGGCGGCGGUGGCGGCGACACAGGCAGCGGCGAAUGCAUCCUACUACAUGCAGACGCAGGCACAGGCGCCGAUGCUGCACCCCAGAGUGGAGGCGGUGGCGCAUGACAAGGCCCAGACGCAGGCACAGGCCACCAUGUACCACCAGGCAGCAGCUCCGAACAGCGCCGGCACUCAACAGCCGCGCGCGCUACAGCUCCCUCCGGCCGCCGGCACCCAUGGGCCGCCCGCCGCCCGCUCCCGCCGCCCCGAGACCCUGAACCUGUUCCCGCUGCACCCCACCUUCGCCAUUCCGGAGAAGCCGCGCCCCGCCGGGAUCGCCGGCUCCGCGACGCCGACGGGGCCGUCCGCCUCGGGGUCGGGGUCCUUCUCUUGGGAACCGGAGAGCCCCCGCGGCGACGCCCCUCUGCCGUUGUAUGACUUCUUCGGCGCAGGCCGCUGAAGAUGAUGCAUGCAUGAUUGCUGAUUUGCUCAACCUGUUGUCGCAUGCAUUCCUAUGGACCGUAGAACAACAAUGUUCACUAAGCUGAACACCGACUCAAGGAGCAAGUUGUCAGACAAACUAUUUUUAGUUUUGGUAGAUUCGGUUCAUCUUCUAGAUGAGUGAUGGGCCGAGCUUUUACCCUUUUCGAAAAAACAAAUCUUCUGAAGUGUAGUGUGCCAUGGAGAACAGGACAAGUCCCGAAAGAAUUGUAAUCUACAGUAUCACCGAUGGCUGGCGCUGUUUCUGGUUUUCGUAUACAUGCUCUAGUUUUCUGCACCGA